GUGUGCGCGCGCGCGCGUCGGUCGCAGUGACACGAGGACCUUCUUUUCUUCUUUAUUACACAAUUCAAACAGUCACAAUACAAGAACAUUAAUCCAGAUUAAUCAAACCUAGCCAGGGGGGAAAAUAAACAAAAAAGAAAUAAAAAAUACACAAAAAAAUUACAAAACACUCCAAUAACCAGACAUUACAUCAACACCCUAAAAUAUUACAAUAAUGCACAGUCUUAAUGGCCUUCUUAUUAUUACACUCCUCAACAGUGAUUAUAUACCGCUUGUAUUGUUGAGAAAAGGACACGCGGAGCUUCUCGAGCCUGUUUCACUUCCCGGCCGCGCGCGCGGCGCGCGCAACACUGAACGCAACGGAAAACGAAAGUAAAAAACAAGCGGAACAAGACGGUUGGACACGAGCGUCCACGAUUUGCGGCCCGAUGCCAUGGUGGGACGCGAACAUGUUGGACACGUCGGUGGUGAAACUUUUUAUUUAAUGUACAACGUGGGAUCGUGGGAGUGGGAGGCUCCGCUCCUCUAGCGCGUGUUUCACGAAGAAAAGAUCUGGAUCCGAAUCAAUCAGGAACAGAGGGUCGAAGUGAUGAGAACCGAAUUACCGGCCGGGCUGUUACUCUCUGUGAAUUUGUGACAAAAUAUCGAUGAAUUUGAUACAUUGUGGCAGUCAGCGUUAGGCUGUAUCGCGUUGUAAUGAUGACGUCAUCGGCUUAAGGGUCUCGUGCUUACCGCCCGCGAUCGUCUGGAAUCCCGUUCGUCUGGUUUGGGUUCUGGAGCUGGAAAUCACCACCUGCCUUUACGUCUUUCAAGAGCAUAAUAGAAGUGCAUAUUUUGCACAAGCUCUAUAACUGGGUCUCUUUCCACACAAGAUCAUAACGUAUGUAACCAACUCAUUUGAGUGUAUAAUAAGAGUCUCUAAGGGUUCUUCUGAGGUUGUCUGUGGGACAUCCAGCAGGCUAGACCUCUCUGAGAUGGAGAACCUCAGCGGAGUCCCGGAACGUCACAGUGACAGUCCGAUCAGGGUCAAUCUGGAGAGGCCCGAGUCUCCAGCACCCAGUUAUCAGUCCAUGAUGAGUGACCUUCACGAGUCUGAUGCUGAACCGGGUGAUAAACCCGCUGCCACUGUAACGGUCCAGGUGAAAAAGGCAGAGUCUCUAGGAUCCCUGAAAAGUGUUGGCUCUCACAGCCAGCCUGUUAUACCUGGGGAUGGAGUGUUUCUGCCGGAACAAGGACUGCCUCUGGACAAGCAGUCAUCACUUUUACCACCCCUGGAUACUCCUCUGAUGGGAUACAAGUGUUCAGAGUCAGAAGACGGGGAAAAGAGCAUGGAGCUGCCAUUCAUAUUUAAGUCCAUCCUCAGCACCGUUUCCAAGCUCUUCCGGGACGAGCUGAUAAUGUUCAAGCACUACCUGACCACCACUUUCAGCGAAUAUUUUGAGAAUCAGAUGGACGACUGCGAGGACGCCCUGGAUGUGGUGGACAAGAUGCUGGAGCGCUGCGGCAAAGGUUGCGCCCUUAAGAUCGCGACGCACAUCCUCAGGGACCUCAAGCAGUACGACCUGGUGAAGUUCCUGGAAAAAAACUGCAUUCGGGUUCGGCUCCAGUACGAGCUGAAGGUUUCUCUCAAGAGGAGAUACGGCUCCAUAUUCGAGGGGAUACCGAGACAGGGAGAGCAGUGCUUCCUGAGCUGCGUCUACGUUGACCAGCUGUUGACCGAGGGCAGGAACGCAGGGGUUAACGGUGAACACGAGCUGAGGGGUUACGACGCUUCCUCCCGCGGUCCCGUCGGCCAGGAGACCGAGAUCGGCCGCAACGACAUCUUCGGGCCCUCGCCCAGCCGUGACAGAGCGAUCAGGACCGUGCUGACCACGGGCAUCGCCGGCAUCGGCAUGACCGUCUCCGUGCAGAGGUUCAUUCUCGACUGGAUCGAAGAGAAGGCCAAUCAGGAGAUCCACUUUGUGUUUCCGCUUCCUUUUCGGGAGCUCGGUUUAGUCAAGGAAGACAACAUAAGUCUGAUGGAGCUCAUAUGUGUUUUCUUUCCGGAAAUGAAAGAGAUGGACUUCAUCGAAAGGAAGGACUGCAGGGUUUUGUUCAUCCUCGACGGCCUGGACGGCUGCAGGUUGCCCCUGGAUUUCCGGAGGAACGACAGCGUGAACGACGUAAGGCAGAAGGUGACGUUGGACGCGUUGCUCACGAACCUCGUACGGGGAAAUCUUGUGCCCUCCGCGCUCCUGUGGAUCACGUCCAGGUCGGCCGCCGCGAACCGCAUCCCUCCUCAGUGCAUCCAGAGGUGCACAGAACUGCGCGGGUUCAACGCCUCGCAGAAGGAGGCCUACUUCAGGAAGAAGUUCAAAGACCCGAACCAGGCGGCGCAAAUUCUCUCGCACAUAAAUACGUUCGCGAGCCUCGAGAUCAUGUGCCACAUUCCCGUCUUCUGCUGGGUGGUGGCGACCAUUUUCGAGCGGAAGUUCUCCGAAGCCAGCAGGUACGUCAACACCAAGGUCACGCAGUUCUACACGCACUACUUGAUCCUGCAGACGCACAUGAAGAACCUGAAGUACUACCCGUCGCAGGCGACUUCGCAGCCGUGGCUGGAGACGGACCCCGUCUUCGUCUGCAAGCUGGCCGAGCUCGCCUUUCGGCAGCUGGAGAAGGAGAGCGCCGUCUUCUACGAGGAAGACUUGCGGCAGAUGGACGUGGACGUGCAGGAAGUGACGCUCCGCUCCGGACUCUGCACGGAAAUAUUCAAGCAGGAGAUAAGUCAGGACAGGGAGUUCUGCUUUGUCCACCUGAGCGUGCAGGAGUAUCUGGCGGCGUUGCACGUCCAUCUCUCGUACGUGAACCAUCACAAGAACCUUCUCAACCAGCCCCUCGUCCCGCCGAUUUCGAGGCUCUUCAAAGAAACGUCGAUGUUUGGGCUGUACAAGGCUGCGGUGGACAAAGUCCUUCACAGAAAGGAUGGACACCUGGACCUCUUCCUCCGCUUCCUGCUGGGCCUGUCGCAGGAGACCACGCAGCAGGCCUUAGAGGGCCUCAUCCCCCGGACGGGGAGUUUCUCCCAUAAUCCCGAGGAAACAGCCAGGUACAUCCAGAAGAUGCUGAGGGAGAAUUCGAACCUGGAGAGAUGCAGGAAUCUGCCGCACUGUUUAGAUGAGCUCAAAUGUAACUGAGUCCUGCCGUGUGGGAUCCCCUCGCCUCGGUGGGGCGACAGAUGCGCUGCGUUGCCCUGGUUACAUGACACUACCUGAUGGGGUAUCGGCGCUGCACUACUGAUACGCAUGGAGAUGUAUGGACCACUGAUCUAUGAACUGUACAACGUCAAUAAAAUGGAAAUG